CCCGUGUCCUCCUGUGCGCAGGUCUGGUUCCAGAACCGGCGGUCCAAGGAGCGGCGCAUGAAGCAGCUGAGCGCGCUGGGCGCGAGGCGGCACGCGUUCUUCCGCAGCCCGCGCCGGAUGAGGACGCUGGUGGACCGCCUGGAGCCCGGAGAGCUCAUCCCCAACGGGCCCUUCUCCUACUACGGAGACUACCAGAGCGAAUACUACGGCCCCGGAGGGAACUACGACUUCUUCCCCCAGGGGCCCCCGUCCUCGCAGGCCCAGACCCCCGUCGACCUGCCCUUCGUCCCCUCCUCUGGCCCCACCGGCACCCCCCUCGGGGGCAUGGAUCACCCCCUGCCGGGGCACCACCCGUCCAGCGAGGUGCAGCGGUUCUCGGACAUCCUGUCCCACCACCCCGGGGACUCGCCCAGCCCCGAGCCCGGCAUCCCGGGGCCCCUGCACAGCAUCUCCUCGGAGGUGUUCGGCCCCAGCCCGCCCUUCACCUCCCUCUCCAUCAACGGCAGCGGCUACAGCAACCACCUGUCGCACCCCCCCGCCGAAAUGAACGAGGCCACGGUCUGGUAGCCGGAGGAGACGGGCGCCGCGGGCGACGCGCAGACGCGGAACGGAGGACGGAGGGAGGGGAGCCGAGGCCGUGACGAUCCCCUCGGACCGCUCGUUUAUCCUCUUCUGUUCUGUUCUCCUCGUCGGGGACGAGAGCGGCGACGAGAGGAGAGCGGGGGGCUUUCCGUAGCACACGCUGACCCUGAUGUGUAUCGUGCUGGCGUUCGGCGAUUUGU